AUGUUCGCCUGGGUUUGUAUCUUCGUCUGCGCUUCGGUCGCCCGUUUUGUCGCCGCCGAACAUGAGAUGACCGGUCGGCCGCACGAAGUCCCCGCGAACAGCAGCGCGGUUCUGACGGCGGCGCGGUUCGCCCUGGGCGAAUUCAACAGAGCCAACGCUGCGGACCAAUUUGCCUACAAAAUUGUGAACAUAACAUCGGCCAAAAUCCAGGUGGUCGCGGGGAUAAACUACAUCCUGGAAGUCCUGCUCGGUCGCACGAUGUGCAAGACGAGCGCCACGACUGACAGUGAGCCAUGUGUUUACCACUCUGAACCCAAGGAGCUUCGGUGCCACUUCAUCGUUACAGAGAUCCCUUGGGAGGAUUCACGUGUGCUCACUCGAAAGAAGUGCCACCAGAUUAAUUGA